AUGUCUGUCGACUUUAACACUUUGGCUCAAAACUUCACCCAAUUUUACUACAAUCAAUUUGAUACCGAUAGAAGUCAAUUGGGUAAUUUGUAUAGAAAUGAAUCUAUGUUGACUUUUGAAACUAGUCAAUUGCAAGGUGCUAAAGACAUUGUUGAAAAGCUAGUCUCUUUGCCCUUUCAGAAAGUUCAACACCGUAUAACUACUUUGGACGCUCAACCUGCUUCUCCAAACGGCGAUGUCUUAGUUAUGAUUACUGGUGAUCUAUUGAUUGACGAAGAACAAAACGCACAACGUUUUUCUCAAGUUUUCCAUUUGAUUCCUGACGGAAACUCUUAUUAUGUUUUCAACGACAUUUUCCGCUUGAACUACUCUGCUUGA